AUGCGAGCAACUGGCACAGUUAGGCGUGCUGACAAAACGGAAAGAGCCACGUUCAUUAGCCUUAACUCGCGCGCCUAUAAGCCGCGCUGGAGGGUGCAGGCGCAGCGUAAGUUCGCACAAGGCGCUUACAUCCCGCCACAAAAUAAUUUCCCUAGGAGCGAUGACACCACCACCGUCACACCCACCAAGGAAGAUCGCACUGGCGUGAUUCAAAUGGCACGUCAGAAUGCGAAAUCACUACUGGAUCUUGUGUCCUUCAAGCGUGUCCACACCCACUUCGAUCCCGUGGUGGUAUUGGAACGUUUGACAACUGCCCCGCCAAAUAAAUUUAUGCUGCCGCCACCAAAAUUGAAAAUAAAAAAGAAAAUGGUCUAUUUCAAACCCAAACUUAAAAAGCAGACGAAAAUAAAAAAAUCGGCUCUGUUAUCAGAAAAAGUGGACGAUGAUGAUACAUCCUCCGACUUAGACGAGGAAGAAACACCUUUGGAAUUUUUAAAACAUCGUAAGAAAGAAGGCGAACCGUUACAUAAACUUCGUAAAGUGACACGCGCGGGUCGGCAAUCUGUGACUGGCGAAGAAAUUUCGUAA